GUUUUUUCUUUUGAAAAUAAAUUCACAAAAAAAACAACAUAUCAAUAUAUGAAUAGUACAAUUACAUCAAAUUUCAUUAAGUUAUAAAAAAUAAUACUCUCUCCGUUCCAAAAUAGAUGAUGUUUUGGAGAGUUUUUGAUGUUUCAAAAUAGAUGAUGUUUUGAUAUUUUAUAUUAAUAUUAGUUUUAUCGAAAACUAUGUGGCUAAUGAUAUUUUAUUCUUAUUUUUAAGGAUUAGCUGAAUUAAUUUGAUUUAUAUUUUUAAUGUUACUUUUUAGGAAUGAGUGUAUACCUUAAUUCUUGUGCAUACAUCCAAAACAUCAAGUAUUUUGGAAUAGAGGGAGUAUAAUAUUAUGUAUAAAUAAAAAAAAUAUUAUCAAACAUCUAUAUUAUAAAAUAAUAUAUUCUAUUCUAUAUGUAUGAUUUUUUUUUUAUCAAACCAGUGAUUUAUGAUUUUAUGUUAAACAAAAAUUAAAUCAAGCACCCGCGCGGGAGCGCGAGUCAAGUUCUAGUCUAAUCUAUUAAAACAAGAGUACAGUUUGUACUUAACACUAAGUUUUUCUCUAUAAUUACAAUAUAAUGCCACUGAUCAAAAUACAGUAGUUUAACUUUUACCUUAAUUAUUUACUUUCCUAUACCAAAAAAUCGCUAUACCACUCCUACGGAAGAGAAUCUAAAUAACCUAUACCAACAAAUUUGCUAUACCAUUCUGAUCGGUAGAGAAUCUAAUCUAUUAAAACAAGAAUACAAUUUGUACUUAACCCUAAGUUUUCCUCAAUAAUUAUAAUAUAAUGCCACUAAUAAAAACACAGUACAUUGAAAUAUCAAUAAAUUAAUAAUGUCGGAACUACACCAAAACUAUAAUUUUUUUAUUAAUUUAUCGAUAUACUAACUGAACUAAAAAACUCAAUUUAAAGCUAUAAAAUUAUAUUAUUUUAUAUAGUUUUUUAGUGUAUAUUAAUUUGUAGAUUAUUAAUUUAAAGAGGUUAUACUGUAGUUUAACUUUUACCUUAAUUAUUUACUUUCCUAUACCAAAAAACCGCUAUACCACUCCUACGGUAGAUAAUCUAAUUAACCUAUACUAACAAAUUUGCUAUACCAUUCCGAUCGGUGGAGAAUCCAAUUAAUUAAUGUCAAACCAGCACUUACCUUAUAUUUUUCAAAACCCUCAAAACCCAUACUCCUGUAUAUGACCAGUCGUAAAUAUAUAUUAAAUAGCUGAAUUAUUGAUUAUGAUUUAUAAACUAGCUAACCCAUUACAAACCAAACAAUUGAUUUAUAAAUUGCUGAUUUUUUUUUAAAUACUUGGCGAUGUUACUACUUCCGCACAAUCACCAUUAAUAUCCAAAAAUCGUAACUAAAUAUUCGUUUAUUCGAAAACAAAAUAACAUCCCAAAUUUUUUUCUAUUUCUACGUAAUCGAUAUAUAUUAUUAAGUGGAGGUUAUUGGUUGGUGUAUUUUGAUGGAUUUGAAAAUCCAAACUAAAUCUAGUGUUAUUGGUUCUAUGAUUUUAAAACAUGUAUUGAAAUCAUGUGUUAUUCGUUUAAUGAUUCAUAAAUUAUAAUUCAAAUCAAGUGUUAUUCGUUUAAUGAUUCAUAAAUUCUAAUUCAAAUCAAGCGUUAUUCAAUCAUAAGGAUUUACUAAUAGAUUUGAUUUCAUAAUGUAUUUGAAUGGAUUUGCAUAGAUUUCUUUGUGAAAAAUACAAAGGCCCAAAUCCGAAGGAAAACCUUCGGAUUUGUAAAUACUAAUCCGAGAAAAUUUGAAAAUUUGUAUAUUUUACUUGGAUUUAUAAAUAUUAUAUGGAUUUCUAAAUCAAUAAAAAUAUAUAAACCAGUAACAAGUAACACAAUCAUCAUAUUCUUUUAUUAAAACUUGCAAAACACAUAUUCCUUAUCUAUAAAAAGAAUAUUUUGUUUUUAUAUUGUAUAAUUAAAAAGAAUAUAUAUAUAUAUAUAUAUAUAUAUAUAUAUAUAUAUAUUAGUUUAAAACAUAUAUUUGGUUUGAUCCGCACGUUAAAAUCACAACUACCAAAAUAUUGUGAGAUCCCCUUUUAGACCUACCCUUCCAGUGCCAACUAUAUAUAUCUCAUCUUCACAUCGACUAGGAAUAUCAACGCAAACAGAAAAUGUAAACAUGUCUAAGCAAACAACUUUUAUUCCUCUAACGAAACUAAGACCUUACAAAAAAAAUCAGUGAGUUCAAAUAAAGUGUUUACAUUCAUGGAAGCCAAAAGAAACCAAAGGAAACCAAAUAAAAAUGAAUUAAAAUGAAUUAAAAUAAUCCUGCUAAAGAAACCAAAGCAGAGUUUUUACCACACAUUUACCGAUCAAAGGUUUGCAAGAAGUUUUUUCUAUUUUUUAAACUGAAGUCGGGCUCUGUCUAUCCAAUUGAAGGAUUUUGGUAUUUCGUACCUUAUCUGGUCUCUGAAAAAUCAAAACAAAGAAUGUAGAUUAGAAGAACCAAAUCGUAAACUAAACCUUGAACCUUUAUGCCAAACGCUGAAAUUAACAAUAGAUCUAUCUUCUGCAGUUGUUAGACUAAAGACAUUAACUUAUUUCUCUCGAUUGUUUAGAAAGAAACUGCAAGGCAUCCAUCGGCUGCAGAGAAAGAGAUAACAGUAGAUAACUUCCUAUGGAAUUAGAUAAGUCGGUAGAUGGGAAAAGAAUUUCUGUUUUAUUUCCCGAAAAAAUAUGGACUUUGAUCAUUGAUUAAAGUCCAUUACACUUUUAUUUCAGAAUUUUAUGGCCUAAUUUACUAACAUAAAUUAGGUUUGCUAAAUAAUAUUUUAAAAAAUCUGGGUUUUUAACAUUAAAUCUCUUCUUAUGAUUUUUUUUUUAGAAACUUGGUUUCAUUAUUAUUUUUGUUUGUCUACGUAAUGUUUUAUUUAAAAAAUGUAAAAAAAAGUCAAUUUUAAAACAAAAUUUUUAUAAUAUGAUUUAAUAAAACCCAAAAGUAUAAUCAUACCUCAAAUAAUUUACUGUUGACUUUACAAAACAUAAAAACACACAAUAAAAUAUUUGACUAAAAAAACACAAUAAAAGUUAACACAAUCUCAUAGUUUAUAAUUGAAAAUUAAUCACAUUAAACAAAGACACACUAAUGUCAAACCUGAAUAACAUAUUAAUCUAUAACAUAAACAGUGACAAAAAAAAUAAUAAGUAUAAACAAUUAUAUUUAUUUCAUUUUCAAAAGUUAAAAACAUAUAAUUCUGAAGAACAAAUACUCGCGCGGGCGCGUACUUACACCGUGAGAUUGUGAGAUGUAUGGGUCAAAGUUGAGGCCCAAGCCAAUCAACUAAAUCUGUAUAUAGAGGCCCACUUUAGAGAAAAACAAAACGACGCCGGUUCGUUGAGUAACUAGAGAGACAAGAAAGCAGUUAGUUCCGUUAUGCGAUGGGAAAACAUGUUGCAACUCCGAGCAAAGACAUCGUUCAAGUUCAACAACACUACUCUCGCUUCACUCUUCAUUCUUCCCACCAAACAAUUUGGAUUCAGUUACAGUCUUUUGUCUUCAUCAUGCAACCCAAAGAACAUGGUUUUGGACUCCAAAGCUUACACGAAACUCGUUCAAAAAUCCGCGAGCUCAGGCUCCCCUCUUCUGGGCAAGCUCGCACACGCCCACAUGAUCAAAUCCUCCUUCGAACCCUGCCUGUUCUUACUCAACAAUCUCCUCUCCAUGUACUGCAAGUGCCGAGAUUUGAACCUCGCACGCAAGGUGUUCGACGUAAUGCCUGAACGAAACAUCAUCUCUUUCAACUCUUUGAUCUCCGGGUACAGCCAAGUUGGGUUUCACGACCACUCCAUGAAGCUGUUCCUAGAAGCUAGAGAAUUCAAUUUGAAGCUCGAUAAGUUCACUUACGCUGGCGCGUUAGCGUUCUGUGGAGAAAGGUCUGAUCUUGGGCUAGGGAAGUUGCUGCACGGUUUGGUAAUUGUGAACGGUUUGGCUGAUCAAGUCUUUGUUGUUAAUGUUUUGAUUAACAUGUAUUUUAAGUGUGGGGAGGUUGAUCAAGCGAUGUCCUUGUUUGAUCGAACCGAUGAAAAGGAUAAGGAGACAUGGAACUCUUUGAUCUCCGGGUAUGUUCGUGUUGGUUUAGCGGGAGAGACGCUUAGUAUGUUGGCUAAGAUGCAUAGAGAGGGUCUGAAGCUGACGACUUACGCUCUUGGGAGUGUGUUGAAGGCUUGCUGUAUAGACCUGAAGGAAGAAAACGGUAUGGUUAUACACUGUUAUGUAGCGAAGGUAGGAAUGGAAUGUGAUAUAGUCGUUGGUACUGCGUUGCUUGACAUGUACGCAAAGCAUGGGAGUUUGAAAGAGGCGGUAAAGCUUUUUGGUUUGAUGCCUGUUAAGAAUGUGGUUAUGUAUAACGCUAUGAUCUCUGGGUUUCUCCAUAAGGAUGAUAUAACUUGCGGUGAAGCCUUAAAGCUCUUCAUGGAUAUGCAAAGACAGGGGCUGAAGCCAUCGCCGACGACGUUUUCAGCUGUGCUUAAAGCUUGUAGCGUCGCAAAAGCCAUGGAAUAUGGAAAGCAGAUCCACGCUUUGGUAUGUAAGAAUAACUUUCAGUCUGAUGAGUUUAUUGGCAGUGCUUUAAUUGAGCUUUAUGCUUUAAUGGGUUCACCUGAAGACGGGAUGCGGUGCUUUGCUUCAACGUCAAAGCGAGAUAUCGCCUCGUGGACGUCCAUGAUCGAUUGCCAUGUCCAAAACGAGGAGCUUGUGAGUGCGUUUGAUCUGUUCCGACAGCUUUGUUGUACCCGUUUAAGACCGGAAGAGUAUACAGUCUCGCUUAUGAUGAGUGCCUGUGCUGAUUUCGCUGCGUUAAGCUCAGGGGAGCAGGUUCAAGGGUUUGCUAUAAAGAGUGGAAUCGAUGCUUUCACCAGCGUCAAGACCUCGAGCAUCUCUAUGUACGCAAAGUCAGGUAAUAUGCCUCUCGCGAGUCAAAUCUUCACCGAGGUGGAACAUCCAGACGUUGCAACGUACUCAGCUAUGAUCUCGUGCCUUGCGCAGCACGGUUUCGCUAGCGACGCUCUAAGCCUCUUCGAAACGAUGAAAACAUGCGGGUUCAGACCGAACCAGCAGGCGUUUCUCGCUGUUCUGAUAGCCUGUUGCCACGGAGGAUUAGUCACGGAAGGACUAAACCACUUCCAAGCCAUGUGGGACGAGCACAGGAUCAGCCCUAACGAGAAACACUUCACUUGCCUCGUGGAUCUCUUAGGUCGAACAGGAAGGUUAUCAGAGGCCGAGAGUUUGAUUCUGAGCUCGGGGUUUCAAGACCAUCCGGCGAUGUGGAAAGCGCUGCUUAGCUCUUGCAGGGUUUACAAGAACAGCGUGUUGGGAAGACGCGUUGCGGAGAGGUUGAUGGAGCUCGAGCCUGAAGCGUCCGGCUCGUAUGUUUUGCUGCACAACAUCUACAACGAGUCUGGAGUUAACUCUUGUGGUGAAGAGGUGAGAGAGCUGAUGAGGGAUCGAGGGGUCAAGAAAGAACCGGCUUUGAGCUGUAUUGUGAUUGGUAAACAAGCUCAUUGGUUUGCGGUCGCUGACUCUUGUCACCCGUCGAGAGAGAUGAUCUACGGGAUGCUGCAACAGCAGUUGGAUACUAUGAACAGUGUAGACCAUGAGACUCUUGUUUGUUAUGUUACAUGAAAAGAAAAAUUAAUUCCAAGUAUUCUCUUACAGCUCAUGUACAAUUACAAGUUAAUGAUGUUUCAUAGGUAGAAAUAAAGACUUGACACAGAAGAAACAACUCAGAACAUGAUCUUCCAAGAAAGCUCCUGUAUAAGUAAGUAUAAACUAUAUGGUCACGUUUAUUAAGCAUUGAGUUGCUAUAGACAUUUCUUUUUUUUUUCCAACAAAGUGCAUAUCUGUUUCAAACCAAGUAUGAACUGAUAAAUUAUGGAGGACGAAAAGGAGAAGCCUAAAUUGUAAUCGUGUAUCUGCUUCAAGCUUCUUGUCAAGAUAAGACCGCAUUGUGAAGUCCUGACCAUAUUAUUAAUCACCAAACCAACCAUCUAAAAG